CAUAGCGGCCACAUUUUUUGCUCGAUCACCAGAUCAGCUGUGCUUGGAACGUCCUUCCCCGUCUUUGCUGAGAGUAACAACUGUUUAACGUGGUUAAGAAUAUGCUGCUAGGACUCAUUGUGCAACGUUGCGGUAAAGAUUUCAAGGUCUACAGCUCAGUAGGCGACUUUGUCCUUGCCGUUUCCCAAUGCGACCCGGACUACAAUGUCGGGAAAUGGUUGGGGCUCAGGGUGGAGGGCAGAGAAAUACUUGACCACGGUCUCGCCCUCCUGCCCGACCUCCCCGAGGUGCGCAUUCGCAAUGGCAUGGCUGAGGUUUUGACGAGAGCUACAAUCCAAGAAAGCCAAGAGAAAAUAGCCUUAUGUGAAACGGCCGAGUUUGAUGUGAUUCCGCUGCUCUGCCCCCUGCCUAACAAUGUUGAUUCGUAUUGUGUAUUUCAAGUUUGGGCGCGGAGGCUGACCGGUGUCGAAAAGCAGCGCUUUGGUGGGUACAAGUGGGCUGCAAUUGAAUAUGUGAACGAAAAACAACGUAGUUUUCCUCCCAAAGAUGUGAUCGAAGACAAGGAAGUGGCUGGCAUCUCUUGGGAGCAGGAAAACAAGCAGAUGUAUCUUGAAGGAUUGAUUACGGGCGCAAGUAAAACGGGCGCUUACGUAUGGUCUCGAUGGAAUCACAAAAGCUUUGAAGGCGUUCUACAAUUUGGCAGCCCCAAGGAUGCAGCUGUCUUCAAACUGGGACAGUGGAUUCAUUUCCAUUUAUCAAAAAUCGAACUUCAAAGCGUUGGUUGCGGAGCCAAGUUCAAUAUACAUGCGUCGGCAUGCAAAUUAAUCAAGGCGAAGUUUCCGACACACAUUUCCGAGAGCUCAGUGAAGUUAACUUUGAAACUCUCGGUUCCUGUGACGCAUGUAUCGGGAACUGACAUAUACCAGGAGGACAUUGGUGUUCUCUCUGACCCGGAAAGGCUCCUAAAUGGCGGUCAAGACUACGACGCAACAAUAGUGAAAGUUCGACCGAAACCAUCGAGUAUCGAAUCACAGGCUGUGGAGUGGAAAAUUGUAUGUGCAAACCCAGAAGGGGAGAGUUGGGCUCCGCAUUUCUCCCGGAAAGUGACAAAGGUGAAAAGGCCGUUAUUUUCUGGGGUGGCGAAAACGCGACCUCUUCAAAGGAGUCCCACGCAGUCAUCUUCAAAAGCAGCCCCUACCCAAACUCCAGAAAAAGUCCCAGAUAAGAAGGACGAUGUGGUUGAUGAUCCCACACGCGUUGUGCCAAAACAGCUGGAUUUUACGGAGCGACAAAGAAUAGUGGCUUUAGCCAUGGUGGAGCAAGUAGCAGAGAAAGGACGAUAUCGCGUUUGGUUACUCGAGUACCACCGUGAAGCAGUGUUCAACACCACUCGAAUACUUGAACCUGGCCAUUUUUUCCAAGGAGUGUUCAAGCUUGGUGGCGGCUCCAAGGAUAAGUGUCAUGAUUACAUACAACCGAUACCACCGAUUCUUGAUGGUAAACUCACAGAAGAUGGCGAGAUCGAAGUGUACGUGAGCGUUUGGCACACGAACAGGAAGAAUGGUGCUCAUUACGUUGUUUAUCAUGAUUGCUUGGGUUGCGUGGAGGACACAUGCGAUUUGUUGAAGCAAGUCGAAGACAAAACACGCGUGUCUAUUGCAGCGAGGAGGAAACCAACUGCGAAUGAUAAUCGACUCAUUUGGCAAAUUGUCCAAGUGGUCGAAAGUGCUCUCAGCAGAGGCUCAUGAUUUGCUCUUCGCUCUCCUUUACCACUUUUCCAUCUUCUCUUCUUCUUCUUCUUCUUCUCUUCCGUUUCACGUUUUAACUGUAUUACAUAUGAAACUAGUUUCACUCGUAUAUGCAUUAUACUUGUAUAAGAUAUAUAUCACUCUUUAUUGCUAUCAUUAGUUUGUAUAUUCGGUUGUCUGAGACUCCUUUAGGAUUGUUUUUGCUCAUACUGGUCGGUGCGUAAGCGUCAAUAUAGUUCCAUAGAUUUGAUUUUCAGUUGAAAGAAAAAAAAAUUACCUUCUCAAAGUAAGGAAUUGCUUAGGUCUUCGUGAUGUAUAUACAGAAUUUUAUUGAAUUCAGCAAUAAAAAUACUUAAUUCGUAUGCCUGCACAUUACAGGUGUGAUGUCGUCGUGUGCCGAGAUUGUCGGCACCUCUCUGUAUCCAUAUCAUUUUGCGUGUAACUAGAUGUAAGAAUGCAUAAGCAUGACCUACAGUAGUAUGUUUGAAGUCCAGAUGCCUGUUGUGUUACUUUGCUUCGCCUAUCAUAUGCAGCAUUCUACCACUGUUCCACCGCAUGUCCUUUGACUCAAUAAAUCUGCUAGGUACU